AGGACCAGCAUUAAUUUACUGUCUAGCACGCAUUGCCGGGGAAAGGCGAGAGAAUUUGCAGCGUACAGAACCUUCAUGCUUCAGCCCUGAACACACAACUGGGUUGAAAAGAUGGGGUUCAGCUUCUCAUGGAUCGCCGUUUCCCUUUGUGUUGCUGCAUGGGUCGUAUCUACAUCGGGACAAGUACCCCAAAUUCUUGAUCCGUCAUUAAAAGGAGAAAAAGGAGAGAAAGGAAGAACUGGUCCACCAGGUAGUCCUGGUCGUCCUGGAGCUAAAGGCAAUCCAGGCGAUCCUGGUAUUGCCGGUGAAGAUGGAGGCCCAGGAAUCAAUGGACCUCCUGGUGUACGUGGAGAUAUUGGUCCCCCAGGAUUACCGGGUAGGCCUUUCAUUAGGCGUGUAGGAAUCCCCGGUAAACCGGGUAGCCGAGGGGCUCGGGGAAAGAAUGGUCUUCCAGGACCCGAGGGUCUKCCCGGUGAACCAGGAGAACCAGGUGCCCAGGGAGUUCGUGGAGAGCCGGGUGAUGCCGGUGAACAAGGACCGCCUGGUAAAGAAGGUCGAACGGGUAAAAAUGGAACCAGUGGUCUUCCCGGAGUCCGUGGAGAACCUGGACCACAAGGAUCAGCCGGACCAAAAGGACAACAAGGUCCUAAAGGAGUAACAGGAUUCAAGGGUGACACCGGACGAGUUGGACGGCCGGGACCCAAGGGAAAUCGUGGUGAUGCAGGCUUUAAGGGCGAUAGAGGAAGAGCAGGUUCGGCGGGAAAGAAUGGCACAAAAGGCGCUGCAGGUGCAGUUGGAGAACCAGGAAAUGAAGGACCACGUGGGUUCAUGGGAAAUGUAGGAGUAAUUGGAGACAGAGGACCUUCUGGUCCCCCGGGACCUCAAGGAUUACCCGGUACUCAAGGUUUGCCUGGUCAACCUGGUGACAAGGGAGCCGGUGGAGAACCUGGUUUGGAGGGAGAGCGUGGUAUACAGGGACUUCCCGGCCCCCAAGGUCCAGUUGGAGUUGCAGGAGAAGCCGGACAACCCGGCGAGUCUGGACGAAAUGGAGAACCAGGCCAGAAGGGAGCGAAGGGCCCACAAGGAAUAGCAGGGCCACAAGGACGACCAGGCGCCCCUGGUAGACAGGGUAAUCCAGGAGUCGAUGGACUUGCUGGAUCACGUGGAAAGAGGGGAGAACCAGGGAGAGCUGGACAGCGAGGUUUGCCUGGAGCAUCUGGUGACAGAGGAGAUCAAGGACGAAGAGGCUUGCAAGGACCACAGGGUCAAGCUGGCCGACCAGGCCGACGCGGUAAAGUAGGCAACCAAGGAACCCCAGGAUCCGUUGGACCAACGGGAUCUGUCGGUCCACGUGGUCCUACUGGCGCAUCAGGAAACACUGGACUUGACGGAGACGUUGGGGAGAGAGGAGAGACAGGACCUGAUGGAGUCAAGGGAGACCGAGGCCCAGAUGGCAUUCCCGGAGAAGAUGGUAUUCCCGGACCUAGGGGACCUCCUGGAACAAGUGGCCAGUCGGGAGCCGAGGGUAAAGAUGGAGCAAAGGGAGAACCCGGGAAAAAUGGCGAAAAUGGUGCUCCUGGACCAUCAGGCCCACCCGGAAUCUCCGGUGUAAUGGGUACAAGUGGACAGAAAGGAGAACAAGGAGCACCCGGUGUAGCAGGAAAUGCCGGCCCUCAGGGACCACGUGGAGCUCCUGGAGCCCGUGGUGCCUUUGGAGCAUUAGGUGAUCCCGGAACACCAGGACGAGAUGGAGCAUCCGGACAACGUGGAGAACCGGGACCAACCGGAGCGACAGGCCUUGCUGGACCCCAAGGAGAGCCAGGCCCAGCCGGACCACCUGGACCAGAUGGAAAACGAGGAGCCGUUGGUGAGAGAGGCCAAGACGGACUAAACGGACAAGCGGGUGUCCCUGGACCCCAAGGUGAAAGAGGACCUUCUGGAUUAAAUGGCAAACCUGGCGAGAAAGGCAAGCAAGGAGAACCAGGAGUUGAUGGUACACCGGGUGACCGCGGUGAACAAGGAUCACCUGGACCCACCGGAUCUGCUGGUGCAGUGGGUAACCCAGGCAGACCAGGACAGCCCGGUCCUUCAGGACCCAAGGGCGAUGUUGGCGAUCCUGGACCAACUGGACCUCGUGGACAUCCUGGUAGUGAUGGGAAACGCGGUUUUGCCGGUACCCCUGGAAAACCUGGACCUGUCGGUCCACGUGGAUUACGGGGUACACCAGGAAAUGCUGGUUUGCCCGGUGUUCCAGGCCAAGCUGGUUUGACUGGUAUUCGUGGACCUCCUGGCCCACCUGGCCGACCUGGAGAUAACGGCAAUCAGGGUCCAGCUGGUAACAUUGGUCGUCCUGGACCUGUUGGAGAAAUCGGCGAACCUGGAAUUCUAGGAGAUCCUGGUGAGGAUGGUGARCAGGGAGAGUCUGGACCUCGAGGACCUCGUGGCGAGCAAGGAUUGAAGGGUGCUUCUGGUCUCAUUGGUUCAAUGGGAUCACCUGGUCUUGCUGGUGAACCUGGAAAUCCUGGACCUACUGGAUUACCCGGACCACAAGGACCUCAAGGUCCUGAUGGUGAGCGUGGUUUAGACGGAGAAAAGGGUGACCCAGGUGCUAAUGGCCUCAACGGUAAACGAGGUAUUCCUGGACAAAGCGGAAGAGAUGGAAAGGACGGCAUCCGAGGACGAAGAGGAGAACAAGGAAGAGCGGGUGACCGUGGAAGCACUGGUGAGCCGGGUAACCGAGGAGAGCCUGGACAACCUGGAGCUCCUGGAAGCCAAGGACCACCCGGACCUCGAGGAGCUCAGGGACCCAGAGGAGAUACUGGUGAAAGCGGCAGAGAUGGCAACGACGGACCAGCAGGAGCAACAGGACCCGAAGGUCCUCAAGGAACAUCAGGACGUGCUGGCUUCCCUGGAAACGAUGGAAUUCCUGGUGGACGUGGAUCACAUGGGGUGCCUGGUCCACCUGGUUUAAAGGGUGUCAAAGGUUACACUGGAGUAAUCGGAAAAAAAGGUGUACAAGGUCCUAGAGGCCGUACUGGUUCCCAGGGCCCUGUGGGAGACCGUGGACGACCCGGAGCACCUGGCACCAAUGGUGAAGAUGGUGUUGAUGGAGCGGCUGGACCUAUCGGUGUUACUGGAGAAACUGGUGCAAAAGGAUCUCGUGGAAUUCAAGGUGUCAAGGGAAACAAGGGAGAGAAGGGUUUCGUUGGCUCACCUGGACAAGUUGGAUUCACUGGCAAACGCGGACCUGAGGGAGACCCAGGAACGCCUGGUCCUGUUGGAAGUGCAGGAGAUAAGGGUCAAGAUGGACCUGCUGGUGUUACUGGUCCCCAUGGAUACGCUGGGGCACCUGGCCCUAUUGGACUAAAGGGUGUGACUGGGCGACCUGGACCUGAUGGAUUCCCCGGACAAGAUGGACGAAGGGGACCCCCUGGACCUCCUGGACCUCGGGGCGAGCCAGGAGUUGCGGCACCAAGAAUGUUCCAGGUUUCCCGUGCUGGUCCAAACAAAGGCCCAGCUCCUUUAGUACCUGGUGGAACUGGUGGAGCUGGAGGAGCAGGUGGCGGUGGACCCGGUGGUGGAGGAACUGGUGGUGGUGGAGGUGGUGGACUCGGUGGUGGCGGAUUUGGUGGUGGUGAAGGUGGAGCAGGAGGUGCCGGUGGAGGAGGAGGUGCUGGAGGAGGUGCUGGUGGAGGAGGAGCAGGAGGAGCUGGUGGUGGAGGUAUCGGAGGAGGAGGAGGUGGCUUCACUACUGGCGGCGGCGGUGGUACUGGCGGAGGCGGUUUUACUACUGGUGGCGGUGGUACUGGCGGAGGCGGUUUUACUACUGGUGGUGGUGGUGGUGGUGGUGGUGGUGGUGGUGGUUUCACUACGGGUGGCGGCGGUGGUGGUGGUACUGGCGGUGGUGGUUUUACUACUGGCGGCGGUGGUGGCUUCACUACUGGCGGCGGCGGUGGCGGCUUUACUACUGGUGGUGGUGGUGAAGGAGGAGGAGGCUUCACUACGGGUGGCGGCGGCUUUACUACUGGUGGUGGUGGUGGUGAUGGAGGAGGAGGCUUUACUACUGGUGGUGGUGGUGAUGGAGGAGGAGGAUUCACUACGGGUGGUGGCGGCUUUACUACUGGUGGUGGUGGUGGUGGUGAUGGAGGAGGAGGCUUUACCACUGGUGGUGGUGAUGGAGGAGGAGGCUUCACUACGGGUGGCGGCGGCUUUACUACUGGUGGUGAUGGAGGAGGCUUCACUACGGGCGGCGGCGGCUUUACUACUGGYGGUGGUGGUGAUGGAGGAGGAGGCUUUACUACUGGUGGUGAUGGAGGAGGUUUUACUACGGGCGGCUUUACUACUGGUGGUGGACCAGCAAGACAGAAAAGAUCUCUCGGCGACACCGGUGUACUCGACGUUGUUAGCGAAGAAUCGACCGAUGAAUGGAGUCGAGUGGCUCUGGAACUGUCUGAGUCUGUGAUGUCAUUUGAACGACGAGACGGAAGCAAGAAAUACCCUGCCAAGACUUGCAAAGAUCUUUCCACUUGCUACCCUCAACUGCCAAAUGGUCACUACUGGAUUGAUCCUAACAUGGGCUCCAACAAAGAUGCUAUUCGAGUAUUCUGUAACAUGACUACACGUUCCACAUGCUUAUCGCCCAAGACACAAAUCAGCCGAAAGAAAUGGAAUACACAAAUUACCCGCGGAUACUCCUGGUUCUCAGACGAUUUGAACAAUGGAGGCAAAAUUGAAUACGGAGUGGAUGAAGUCCAAGUCUCACUUCUUCAACUCUUGAGUAAUAAAGCAGAGCAGAAGUUCAUCUAUCACUGCAAGAAAUCCGUUGCCUGGUACGAUGUUGUCUCAGCCUCUGCCAAGAAGGGCCUCAAACUAAUGGGCGCCAACGAGUAUGAAUUUAGUUCCAUUAGUAACAGAAGAGCAAGACCUAAAGUACUAUUGGAUGAAUGUAAAAUCCGUGACUCACAAUGGCGUAAGACCAUCAUACAACUAGAUACAACCAAGUCAUCACGUUUACCUAUUGUAGAUUUUGCUACAUACGAUAUCAAAGAAGGAGAGUUCGGCGUUGAAGUUGGUCCAGUAUGUUUCUCAUGAGCUGUAAAAUAACAACUUACCUCUUUUUUUUUUUUUGAAUUGUAAAAUUCUGAGAUGAAGUCCUACAGAAGAUCUUCCUCUAUUCAUUCAAAUAGGUUUAUUACUUUGUAUUCAAGGCGUAGGUCUGUAGGGAUUGUGAUAUUAUUAAAGACAUUGUCAGUACUUUGAUUGUUCCAUUGUACGUCAUAGCAAAUCAUUCAGGUCUAGCUUUCAUGAUUGAUUCAUUAAUCAGUGAUGUUGAUGAAGUAUCGAUUAAAAUAGGUGCUUAUUAUAUAUGAAUAUCACUGUUGUAUAAAGGAGACCUCUGUGGUAUCAUUUAUAUUAGUAAAAUUAAGAUAUUUUCAGAUCCAAUAAAUGUUUUGUAAUUCA